AUGACUGAACGAAUAACCCUUAAAAUUAUCGUUCUUGGAGAUUCAUUUGUUGGAAAAACAUCAUUAAUUAAUCAGUUUGUUAAUAGGAAAUAUUCUAGUGAAUACAAAUCGACUAUUGGGGUUGAUUUAUCAACUAAAGCGAUGUCAGUUAAAGAUCAGUUAGUAUCCUUACAAAUAUGGGACCCAAGUGGAACUGAACGAUUUCGGUGUAUUAGUGACAGUUUUUUUAGAGGGACUGAUGGAUGUGUAUUAGUUUGUUCAGUGACAUCAAUAGAAUCAUUUAAUAGUUUUGAAAGUUGGAUGAAUGAUAUAACAAAUCAUAUUGGAUAUAAUGUUCCAUUUGUUGCAGUAGCAAAUAAAAGUGAUUUAGAUCCAAUAGAAUGGCAAGUAACAUCAAACAGAUUAGAUACGUGGUGUAAAAAGAAAAAUAUUCCAUCAUUUUUUGUAAGUGCAAAAGAUGCAUCAAAUGUUGAAAAUGCAUUUGUUAGAUUAUGUGAAGAUGUUUUAAUUAACAAUUCUACUAAACAAAGUACUGUUGAAAUUAGUCAAAUUAAUUUAAAUCAAAUUAAACAAAACAAUCAAAAUUUAUCGAAUCAAAAAGACUCAUGUUGUUAG